AUGACUAUGGGCAAGGUUAUCUUUUACGAGGACAGGAACUUCAUGGGACGCUCCUAUGAGUUCACCGGUGAUUGUUCCGAUAUGCACUCUUACUUCAGUCGCUGCCACUCCUGCAGGGUGGAGAGCGGCUGCUGGAUGGUCUACGACCACCCCAACUUCAUGGGAAACCAGUAUUUCAUGAGGAGGGGCGAGUACGCUGACUACAUGAACAUGUGGGGCUGGGGCAACAACUGCAUCAGGUCCUGCCGCAUGAUCCCCAUGCACAGAGGAUCCUACAGAAUGAGGAUCUAUGAGAGGGAUAACUUCAUGGGUCAGAUGUAUGAGAUGUCGGACGACUGCGAUUCCUUCAUGGAUCGUUACCACUGGUCCAACGGCUGCAUGUCCUGCCAUGUGAUGGACGGCCACUGGCUCAUGUACGAGUAUCCCCACUACAGAGGCAGGAUGUGGUACUUCAGGCCUGGAGAGUACAGGAACUUCAGAGAUUACGGCGGCAUGAGGUUCAUGAGCAUGAGGCGCAUCAUGGACUCCUGGUAUUAA